AUGCCGCCAUCAGGUCUCGCAAUUCUCAUCGGAGCCGGACCCGCUACUGGAACAGGAAUAGCACGCAUCCUCUCAUCACCCGCCCAUGGCAACCUCGCCGUCGCACUCUUAGCCCGACGCCCCGAAAAUCUCCAAAGCGUCAUCUCUACAGUCCGCUCCGCCAACGAAAAUGCGGUUCUCGAGGCCUUCCCAAGCGACACUUCGAAAGCAUCUCUAGAGAAGGCAUUUGCAGACAUCAAAGCACACGAGAGCUUCAGGGGGCUGAACCUGAAGCUGGCGAUAUACAGUAUCAAGCAUUCAAGCAAGAAACCGUUCUUGGAAGAGACGAGGGAAGACUUUGAGGAUAGCCUGGAGACCUAUGUCGGAGGGGCGUUCACAUUUGCGCAGGAGAGUUUGAAGAGAUUCUUUGCGGAUCAUGGUGAGACGGGCUUGAUGGAUGGAGGGGAGAAGAAGGGCACGCUUAUCUUCACUGGCACGCUCGGCGCGCUUCGAUGCAGUGCCCAGUUCGCUGCAUAUGGUGCUGGACGUGCCUCUGUCCGUCAAUUAGCGCAGACACUGGCCCGUGAGAUGAGCGAGAAGGGCGUGCACGUCGUACAUACGAUCGGUAAUGGUGCGAUUGCAGAUGAAGACGGAGAAGAUCAAAAGGUGGGCAAGAAGAUGAGCGCCGAUGCUGUUGGUGAGACGUAUCUUUGGCUGCAUCAACAGAAGCCUUGUUUGUGGACACAUGAGCUGGACAUGAGGCCCGCUUGUGAGAAGUUUUAG